AUGAAGUUGAGAUGGUUCUUGGCAGGGACUUGCAUGGUAGCCACUGUAUCUUCUCAAACAAGAUUAAAAAUUAUGCCACUGGGAGAUAACCUGACCGAGCUUACCUGUUGGCGAGCAAAACUAUGGGACGACCUGAAGGCGAAUAAUAUGACGGAUAGAGUUGAGUUUGUUGGAUCAGUGAAUAACACCCAGGGGUGCGAUACGGCGGGCGAAGAUUUUGCCAAACAGCAUCACGAGGGUCAUUCGGGAUAUCUUGCCAUUGAUAUCGCAUACGAUCAUAUCGAAAACUGGAUUAACGAGACUAAGCCGGACAUCGUGACAUUCAUGCUAGGUACAGAUGACAUCGCUCGAGGACGACGGUUGGAGGAUGUUGUAGAGGCUUAUACGAAUAUGGUGAAGACAAUGAGGCAGCACAACGAGUAUAUGAAAAUCAUCGUAAACACCAUAGUUCCGUUGCCAACCAACAUGGAGCCAGUGAACAAUCUCAACAGUAUGAUCCCGGACUGGGCUCAGGAGCAGAAUAAGACUGAGUCGCCUAUUUACGUCAACGACAUAUACCCGUUUCCGAAUACAUUCUUGAAAGAUGGCAUUUACCCCAAUGAUGAUGGCGAGAAGAAGAUAGUUGGUGGUCUGAGUCCUCUGUUAAGGUGGAUUAUCAAUUCGAAUGCUACUGGUAAUGGAACGACGCUGGAUUGAGUGAAUGACAUUCGCGAAAGCGUGGAUUCAAUGUGGCUAGAACAGGAGUUUCGAAA